AUGAACUUGGCUGCGAACUGGGAAGCAGAUUGUUUACCCUGGGUAAGGGCCUCGAGAACGGAAGCUUUUUUCUUCUCGUGGUCGAAAGCGGGCGCUAUUCAGGCUGCCGAGAAGCUUGGCAUCGAUCCAGACGACAUUCAACGUACCAACAAUCCGCUCGAGUCCUUCAACGGCCAUCUGAAGGGUACCUACUGGGACCCAUAUUCUCAUUCUGGUCGCCUUCCUCGCCUUGAUCUCUGGGUCCGGCUUGUUAUCACGGAUAUUAUUCCUGACUUUUUCGAGAAGCUUCGCAUUGAGGAACAGAACCAAGCUUACCGACAAUCUAUUCUUCAAGGUCCUCCUCCUGCAUCAGCAUCCGCGAAGACCCCGGUCCAGUCCUGGAUUGACGAGCUCGAGAAUGGAUCUGAUGACGAGAUUGAGGACGAGGUUGAUGCCGAGCCCAUCAUGGUUGAUGACCAUGAUCACGCCGAGAAUGAUCAACCCAGAAUUGAAGAUGUGCGCGAAGAGAUCGAGGACCAAGAUCCAGUCGUUAGCAUCGAAAAUGGUGAACCCAAAAUUGAUGAUGUUCGCGAAGAGAUCGAGGAUCCUGAAAGCUUCGUGAUGGUCUCGGAGCCUUCAUUGCAGGCCCGUGAUGAUGAUAUGAUUAUUGAGCCAUCUGUUGUUGAGGAAGAAGAACGUAGCGCAAGAAGGAUUUUGAUCAUCUCCGGCGCCAAUUACCGCGCGGAGAGGAAAGCAUGGUCAUUGAUGACUCGUGCGCCAUGGAGGAAGACUCCCUACGGUUACCUGAUCAUCAUCCCCCGGUUUCCCUUCCCGAGCCAGAGCCCUGAAGCACCACUCCCUGAUCCUGCUGUCAGUAUCGCCUCCAGCACAUCAGCAACGUCCCACGACCUUUCGUUAUUGAACGAAAUCACAACACUCACCAUGGAUAUCCAAAAUGAUCACGAUGAGCUCUGCCGCAAGGUCCAGAGGCUCCUCUCCAUAUCCCCAGAUCCCGAGGCUGCCCAGGCCUCAAUCCAUUCAUACUUGUCCCCGGCUAUUCUCAAACGGCUCAAGACAGAAGACAUCUCGCGAAGUGUAUCGUCAAUUGAUGAAACAACCGAGGCAUCCGCAGAACAGCAAGACCCGGAAGAUACUGAAGGUGGCGGUGGUGUGGUGCUUGCAAGGACCUUCGAUGGCAAGCUGGUACCAUUCGUGAAGAAGCGCAAAGAGAAACGAAUCGUAUCUCAUAGGAUUCGGUGA